AUGGAGUUGUCUAAGAUCAUCUUCAUCUUUCUGGUCAUGAUGGUCGCCACAAUUUUCGCCACCACGACCACCGAAGAUGAUAAUUUAGACCUUGAUGUUGCCAUAAGUCCUAAUGAACCAUCAUCUUUUCUCCGACAAACGGGUCGUUUUUUGGCUAACAAACCCCGGGCAUGGAGGACAUGCGACAAGUACCCUAGGGUUUGUGACAACAAGGGAAGCACUGGUCCAGACUGUUGCAAGAAGCAAUGCGUGAAUGUGAUGAGCGACGAGGCUAAUUGUGGCAAGUGCGGGAAGAAAUGCAGAUAUAAUGAAACGUGCUGCAAAGGUAAGUGUGUGAAUACUUCAAGAGACGAGAAGAAUUGCGGCGGCUGCAAAAAGAGGUGCAAGAGAGGAAGUUCAUGCGUGUAUGGGAUGUGUAGCUAUGCCUGA